CACCGGUCAGCUGUUAACGUUUGCUCAGCUGUUAACGUACUUUGGGUAGAACUAAUGGACGGAAAACAGAAACAACCGUGGUCUGUGGAGGAAACAAACUGUCUGCUGGCUUUGUGGUCCUCCACAGAAAUUCAAAGUAAAUUGGAAGGAGCUGUGCGGACAAAACCAAUCUUUGAAAAGCUAGAAAAUGAAAUGUCUAUAGCGGGUUACCAGAGGAGUGUAGACCAGUUGAUAAACAAAAUUAAAAAAUUAAAAAAAGAUUAUCGGGACCAAAAAAGGGAGCUUGGGCGAAGUGGUAGCGGUCGUCAACGAAGAUCCCCACAUUUUGACGUCCUGGACUCCAUACUUGGUGACCGGCCGGCAUGCCAAACCACCGGGGCACUGAACUCUGCCACAGCCUUGUUAGAGGCUAUGGUGAAUGGAGAGGCAGAAAAUUCCAAUGCUUCAGAGUUGUCUGUCACUGGUGAGGAAGGGGAUGUUGAUGACACGGAGCUACCACCACCACCACAGGACUGCAGCUCACCGCGUCCGGUACCAUCUGCCUCCGUGUCAUCACGGCAAGCCAAACGAGCAAAAAGAAAGCGUGACAAUGAGGAGCUGUUGGACUACAUGGAGAAGGCUGACGAUAAGUUCUUGCAGCUCAACAAGGACAUGGCAGCAAAGAUGGAGGCAGACACAAGCGCUCUGCUGGGGCUCAUGGGGCGCAUGGUGGCAGUGAUGGAGGCACAAGCAAACAAAUAGAGAAUACUGUUUUUAAUUUAAUAAAUAUGUUAUUUAUUUAUUUAUUUAUUUAUUUGAUUGUUAAUGCCAAUAAACACAUGUUUAUAUAUUUAC